AGUUGGUAAAUCCAUCUUAAUUUCUUUCAAAACUAACGCUGUAAAAUAGCCAAUCUCAGAUGAUGUAUUAGAAUCUAUUUCAUGUUUCAAUUCCUUGAAAAUAGAAAAAUCUUGAAUUUUUGUAAUUUUGGCAACAACAAUCAGGAAAAAUGGGACGUAAGAAAUAAUAAGUAUACAAAUAUAUUCACUGCUAUCAUGUCAUGACCCUGCUCAGCAGUCAAUUACCUACAUAUUUCAUUUCAAACUUUAUUUUUGCUCUUUCAUGGGCAGAACAAGUGUGACAUCCCAUCAAAUUGUUUGGACAGAUGUCAAUUCAAAGUGCACCUAUGGUCUGUCAUCUCUGUAACAAGCUCCCAUCAUUCGGAAUGAUUCCAAUUUUAUUUGGUACCCAUGUUUGGUUCAGUUGUUACUAGAUUCACUCAGAAUUUAUAUUUUGAUCCUUUGUAAUUUGAUAUGCUCCUCAUUUUAUGCUGUCUGUUAGUAAAAUCUCAGCCCCCGGUUAUUUAAUGUUAGAUUCAUGAGCCUCGGAACACUUUUUUCUCUUUUGAAUUCUUUUCUCGUCGUGACUAAGCAGAGAAGAGGGAAAAAAUGCCCUUCUCUUAAUGAUGAAAAUUUUGGGGGGAAAAACGGAUCAGAUCCUUCUACAAGUUAAAUCACUUUACACCCUUUUAGUUGCAGUGUUUAUUAGCACGUGCACUUAAAUCUUACUUUGAGGAUUAAAUAAACAGGUUUUGUUUCAAUGAAAUGAUCGCAACAACUGUGAUGUUAACUGCGAGGAAUAUUGUAUGGAAUCGAGGGGUGUGUUUUGCUGUAGUUUUUUGGUUUGUAUCUCUAUUUUGUGCAGUGUAUAUUUUAAAUCGUGAUGCACAAUUUCAGUUGCUAACACUAAAAAGCCUAGUCAAAACUUCAGAUAAAGUUGAAUUCCUUGAAAAAAAGAAUGCAGAGUUGAAAACUCUGUUUGAGAAAUGUUAUUUUGGGUAUCCCCCAUGGCGUUCUCGAAAACGUUUAGUUCGACCAACACCUCCAAAUUUAGUACCUUUGUAUAGAGUCACUAAUCAACCCACUGGAAUUUUCCAAGCCAAAAUCGUACCACCUCUAAUGCCAAGAUUCAAUUUUGUGCCAAGCCUUGAAUAUGAAACUUUACGAAGAAAAUUGUACAUCGAUUUUCAAGAUUUUUGGUGGUUCAUCUCAAGUCAGGUGAAAAAAGUGAUCAAAGAAAAGAAGAAAAAAGUGCCAGAGUUGAAUGACGAUUUUAAUAAUUUACUGAGUUUGGGUCUAGAGUAUAAAAGAUCGAUUUUGAAAGAUCUUUCCUCUAUUAGUUCCUUUGAUGGUCAUGAUUCAUGGCGUUGGCAUGAACUGAAUGACCUCGCUAAUCUUGUUCAGCAGCGUAUUGAGAGGCUCCAGAAUCCAACAGAUUGCUUCCGAGCAGAAAAGUUUACGUGUACUCUGAUCAAGACAUGUUGUUAUGCCUGUGUCCUUCACCAUCUUACCUACUGUUUGAUGAUUGCCUUUGGUCAUGGCAGAACAUUAAUAGUGAAGGAAGGUGAUGAGCAUCAUGGAAUGAGACGAUGGGAAUCGAUGUUCCUACCUAUCAGUGGAACAUGCGGAAAAGAUUCCCCUCAGGCUAAUACCAUAGACUUAAUGCCCCUUUCAGCAUAUUCUGGAAGGCAAGACUUCUUACCUGGAACAAUUCCUAAGGACUUAGCUUCCAGACUUAUUAAGGUUCAUAGCAACCCUGAAGUUUGGUGGACUGCUCAGUUUUUACAUUAUUUGAUGAAGUAUCAACCGAGUGUUCAAAAAGCUCUGAACACAUUUGCCAAUGAAACUGAGUUUUUCAAUCCAGUAGUUGGAGUUCACAUUCAUCGGCCUACACGCUUUGACCAUACAGGAAUCUACCGCCCUGUUGAAGAUUACAUGUCGGAAGUUGAGGAUUACUAUUCUCGGUUGAAUUUAAGCUAUCCAGUGAUGGAGAAAGCAAUAUACUUGGCAACUAAUGACGUUGAUUUGUUUGAAGAGAUUCAAGAAAAGUAUCCAGAUUAUAGUAUUCUUGGGGAUGGAAAUUUUUCUCUUUUCACUGUUCAGGAGAACCAAUGUAAUGUAGUUGCGCUCAAUGCUGUUUUAACGAACGUUCAUUACCUCGCCCGAUCUGAUUUUCUUGUAUGCGCUUUCUCCUCUGAGGUCUGCCGAUUGGCGUAUGAAGUGAUGAACUCUGUCAUUCCAGAUGCUUUCAAUCGAUUUAGAUCCAUUGACCUCGAUUACUAUUUUGAAGGACAAGUUCCAGAGCGAAGAAUUGUCACUCAGACCCACUCAGCGCAAAAUCCUGAUGAGCUUUCUCUCACAAACGGAAGUAUAAUAUUUCACGAGGGAAACUUGUGGAAUGGCUAUUCUAGGGCAACCUUAAAAGAGCAAUCUGUUAAUAAUUCUAAAUCUGGAAUAUAUCCAUCUUUCAAAGCUGUGAAAGUUUUGAAUGUGGUGGACUACCCUACCCAACGUCCCCAGCAAUUUCAUGCCCCACAAAUCAACAAGCCAUCAAUGGCAAUCGGCAAUCGGUUUUUAGAUCCGCGUUACUCUCUUCACCACAAAUUAGCAAAUACGUGAAGCAGUACGUGAAGGAUUCUAUGUGAAGUGAAUAGUAAGACACCAGUUUUCUCCUCAAUUAUGUACUGCACAACAAUUAUAAUUGCUGGGUCAAACAGUAACAUAGUCUACUUCAAAGCAGGAGAAUCAAGCAUCACUGUAAUAUAACAACAGGAUGUAUUCGUCUAGCAGUACAAUAAAAAAUCGUAGUUCUCUGAAAAA